AUGUACACAGGAUCAAUGAAUGGAAAUGGAUCCGGGAAUGUGGAAAUUGAUCAGUCCACACUAUGCUCUAAUGCUAUACAUACGUUACGUGCUAGGAUAUUGCAGGAUAAAGUGAGCCGGAAAUGUAGCGCAGAAGACUUGAAACGUUUCACAAACGAGGAUUGGUGGCUUACCACUUUUCUUCAAGCGCACAACUACGAUGUUGACGUAACGUAUGCUGUAAUUGCCGAAUGUAUACAAUGGAGGAAUAAUUUCCAAGUACAAAAUAUUAGCAUACUUGGCAUGAAACCAUUGCUGGAUCGCCGUCUCGCGUAUUUACAUGGAAAAGAUCUCGGCGAAUGUUCGAUACUUUGGAUCAACCUUGCCCAAUAUCGACCAGGGGACACUGGUUUUGAGAAUGUUUUCGUAUUCUGGCUUGAACGACAUACAAUGGAGACCAAAGGUGAACCACUAUCCAUCCUGCUGGACAUGACUGGGACAAGCAUGAAGAAUAUGGAUUUCAAUACCUUCAAAUUCAUGUUACAUGCGCUCAAAUACUACUAUCCUAGUAUCGUUCAUGAUAUGAUAGUUUUUGAAUCACCAACAAUGUUGAACGCAUCGUGGAGAGUGGUGAAAUCAUGGUUGGACUCAGCUCAUCCAGAAAUUCAUCAUGUUACCAGACAAAAUAUUAAUCAAUUCGUGGAUUGCAAAUAUCUUCCAGCACAUAUGGGAGGUGAGGACUCAUUCAUCUUCACCAUGGAUGACCUCGCAAAAUGUCUUCCAUCAAGUCGACAAGAGAACGGUAAUCACUCUGAUAUGGAGCCUGGUCAAGAAAAGAAUGGUCUGGAUAGUGUCGUAAUGAAACGGGUGGUGACAUUCGAUGAUGACGAUGAGGAUGCGACCAGAAAAGUGCCGUUAACUAUGAACGCUAGAAAAAUGAGCAACGGUGGGAAUGGAAGUAUGAAACGAAGCAUUCCACCGACAUUGAAACCAGCGGUCGACGCCCGAUUAAAUAGCGCUGAAGUUGAUUGGAUCAAAAAUGCCUUCCUCUACAUCAGUCCACGUGAUGUCCUUACAUUGCAUCGUAUCGAAAACCUUGCCGAAUUUGUUGAAGUGGUUGCAAUUCGAAACACAUCAUCCGAAUCGGUUAUGUUCAAAAUCAAAACCACUUCUCCGGAGAAAUUUCGAGUUCGACCGAGUAUGGGAGUGAUCCCUUCGGGCACAACUGAAAUUAUACGCGUAUACCUUCAAAGUGAGUACAAGAGCUCAUGCAGUAAGGAGAAGUUUUUGCUGAUGGCACUCGAGACUGAAAACAACAAUCUCGAGACGUUCACGGAUCUUUGGAAAAAGGUUGACCGAGAGAAGAAAGUGGAACAGAAAUUGCGGUGUAGGGUGCAUGAUGAUGGUUCGAAUGACGGGUUUGAGAAGCCUGAAAGAAAAACAAGUUCGCAGCAUGGUCUAAUCGAUGAGUUGCGAACAGAAUGCGGACGAUUACGACGUACACAAUUUUUACUUAUAAUGAUUGUUCUAGUACUUUUCCUUACACAAACUGCCAUAUUACUUUAUGCUAGAUCAAAUCAAAGAGUCUUGAGAGCAGCUAUCGAAGAGCUGGCCAAUAAACUGAACCAAACCCAAUGCGCAAACAUUGCGUCCAACCCAGACACCACCACCACCACCACCGCCCAACAUGAAAUCCCACCGGUUAUUUAUGAAGAAGAUCUGUGA